AUGCCCUCGCUCGCACCGCUGUCCGCCAGCGCCGGGCCAUCGAGCGCGUCUGCUCUCCCUCCACCGCCAGGCGCGACAAGCAGCAAUGGCGUCGUCCUUCCCGGCAACGGCGACCUGUGGAGCUCUAUCCUCGACUCUGUCAAGGGCACGAAGAACGUCCAGACUAAACAGUGCUUCGUUCUCGGCUCGCGCAACAGCGGCAAAUCGACCCUCGUCUCUCGACUCCGCAUGACCACCGGGGAAGCACCACCUUCCUCGUCCACUUCGGCUGGCAAGGGCAGAGACGAUGGAGAGAAGCCGCUGGAUCUGGGAAUGAGCUACGAAGUGCUGGAUGUGCGAGAAGAGGGGGACGAGGGUGACACGGUUGCUCGACUCGGCUUCUUCCACGUCCCUGCGCCCUCACCGCCUUACCCCGCCCUUCUCUCGCUUGCCCUCUCCCGCUCGAACCUCCUCGACUCGCUCGUUGUCCUCGUCCUCGACUGGGAGAAGCCGUGGAACUUCGUGCGAGAACUGGAGGCAUGGUUGGCGCUGCUGGAAGACCAGCUGAAGAGGGCGAGGCGGGGAGAGAAGGAGAAGGAGGCGUACGAAGAAGUCGAGGCGCGGGAACGACUGGAGGCCUACGUCCGAUCGUAUCAAGAACCGACUUCCAGCGGAGCCGCCCCAUCAACCUCUGCCGCCGCACAUCUCGACGACUCCCCUCUUCCGCCCGGCACGCUGCUGGACAACCUCGGGAUCGGCCUCGUCAUCGUGUGCACAAAGGCCGACCAGAUGAACAUGCUCGAGCGGGACAGGGAGUUUACUGAGGAGCAAUUCGACUAUAUCCAGCAGCUGCUGCGAACGGUCGCCUUACGCUACGGAGCUGCCGUCUUUUACACCUCGCAAACCCUUCCUUCAUCCUAUGCCAAGCUCCGACAGUACAUCCUUCAUCGUCUCUUCGCCGCACCGGCAUCGACGGCUCUCGCCACGAACGCAUCAGCAAAUCCCACGACUCCGACGUCCUCGUCACGCCCCGCUGCUCCCGCACCAAUCGCAACUUCCGCACGCGCAUCCUUUCCCUUCCCUCAUCGCGCGAACGUCGUCGACCGAGAUCAGGUCCUGGUGCCAGCGGGCUGGGACAGCUGGGGGAAGAUCAAGAUCAUGCGGGAACGGUUUGACUGCGAGCAGGCGGGAGAGGGAUGGGAGGCGGAUCUGGAGCGACUGAGAGCAGGUGCGAGUGGUGCUGAGACGGACGUGUCAGGCGAGGAGGGUAAUCGAGGCUUGCGGCGGGAAUACGAGAUGGUGGUUGUCGACUUCGAGGCGGAGGACCGACCAACCAAUGCGUCGACGACUGUUGCGCCAGCAGACGAGCAGUCCUUCCUGCGCCAGCACUACGAGGUCUUGCAGGCGGAAGCCGCUAAGGAUCCUCGACUCGCUUUCCGCCAACCCACGUCGACUGGCUCUGUCUCGUCAACUCUCGGCCCGAGCGUCGUCGGUCCGAUGGCUGGCGCGAGUCUUGACUUGCCGACGGUCGCGAGCACGCUCGAGCGCGCACGAGAUCGAGGCGACACGGCAGCGGCUGCAGGAAGGGAUGGCGCACGACCUGACGAGCGCUAUUUUACCAGCAUGUCCCGACAGAACUCGGGAACAUCGACCUCGGCCCGCUCGCCUCCACUCAGCUCGUCGGCUACGUUUGGUUCGUCAAGCGCGUCGUCGACGUCGGCCCUUCUCGGCAGGAGCUUGUCGAAAGAAGCCGCAGCAGGUUCUCCCUCGGCAGCAGCUGGCGGGACGUCCUCGACGGCUGGCGCAGCCGCUGGCGGCAAUCAGGUCCUCGCAGACUUCUUCCAGAGUCUGCUGACCGCGCGGACGGCUGGUGCAGGCGGAGCGACUGGCGCUGCGGGCAGUGCUGGCGGGCUGCGGGCGAGCACAAGAGGCGCGUCGCCGGGCGGGUCGGCGGAGGAGGCGAAGUGA